AUGUGUGAACAAAAUGAAAGGAUCAUUGGAUUGGAUGUAAUACAGAAUUAUUAUCAGUAUGAUCUGCUCGAUCAGUUACGCAUAUUAAUUGAUAGUUCUACUGAGCAUUUGUAUCCAUUAAUGUGUCGAUUUUAUCUUCCAAUACAGUAUCAUUCGGAAGUAAACCGUUUCAUUCCUUCUAUUUAUUACAAAAAUGAAUUGUUAACGAACGAAACCAGUAACGAAAUUAAACAAUCAAUCUUAACUAUUAAGCAUGCGGUACUUUUGUUAUAUUUAACAAAGCUAAUUCCAUUUAAUAUUGUCAAAUUAAUAAAUUACUGA